AUGCGAGCAAUUGGACCAUUUUGGGUAGGUAGCAGACUCUUGAUAUUGACACUAUUCACCAAGCUGUACAUCUUUUUCAUCAUUGCCAAUAAGAUGCGCAAUACACCGCCGUACCAAGAUACUUGCUAUCAAGCCCAGCAUACCUGCUUCGACAAGCCAGGCGCGACUUAUGCUCCUUUGACAGCAAGUAAAUCCUUCAAGUCCAUAUCCUUGGUUGUCUGCUCCCUCACAAAAUCAGCCACCGGAUUGACCAAAUGGCUACGAUCAGCUUUCGUGCCAACGUGCACACGGAAAUGUCUCUUCCCGUACGGCUUCCCCACCGCAUCAACAAUCGCCUUCGCCACAUCCUCCGGGUUCGAAUCCUUCGGCUCGACAAGGAUGUGUCCAUCCAAGAUGCGCUGGUGA